AUGAGUUUCUUUGUCGUUCCUUCGGUUUCAUAUCAAACCCAGCAGAAACUUAAAAAGCAGAAAGGCAAAGAUCGCAAGAAAAACGAGUUGGACAGUGAUAGUGACAAGGAUGUGGAUCCAGAUAGGGAUAAUAAGGAUCAUAGGUAUCUGAUAGCGAGCCGUUUGCACAAUAAUGAUUCCACUACAAGCUCUACUUCGAAACGAAGUAAAUUAAAAGCAGGAUGGAGUUUAUUCAGUGGUGGUGGUAAUCAUUCUAAUAGCAGCAAUAGCAGUAGUAGCUUAUCACAAAGAGGCUUUUCAACAGGUUCAAAACUGGCAGACACAGAUAGCGAUUCUAAAUCAAUUAUGUCGAGUCACUCAACUAUGAUUUCAGGUAUGGAAACCUUGACUCAUUCACUAGUAGAUGAGAAUGAAUCGCCAUAUCCACAUCCACAUCCACACCCACAUCCAAAUCCAAAUCUACAUUUACAUCCACAUCCACAGCCGCCACAGGCGCCUCCAGUGUCAUUGAAUCUACCGACAUCUUUGGAAAGCCCAACGAACGCCCAUACUCAUCAUCCCCACACCCACCACAACAACAACGACCAAACAAGCAAUACUCACCAAGAACAAGUACACGAGUCACAUAAGCCCCAUCACGCAAUUACACCAACAGCAGCGCAGUUGGUCUUUAAUCCCGAGGAUGUCGUUAGGGAAGAAGACACGCCAUUGAAAAUAGCAACAACGUAUGGUAAAACAAUACCUCCGGAUUCAUUCAAACAGUUUCAAGUAAACCGAGCUGCUACAAUACCUCUAGUAGCAGCAACAACAUCAGCAACAGCAACUUCACCAGGACCGCCAGCCUCAGUAUCACUGGUUCCUUCCACCGGCUCCUCGAUGUCUUCAAAUCCCUUUCGAUCGUCACAGUCUUCUAUAACACCAAUAACUCCCUUGACUACACUGCAAACAGCCAACAGUUCGUCCGGUAUCACUACAUCGCCAACGCAAUCUCAUGGUCAACCUCAGUCUCAAUCUCAAGCACAAGGACAAGCACAAGCACAAUCUCCAGGAAGUCACUAUUUACUGAAUCAACUAUUUCAUAGGAACUCAUCGAAUACUUCAUUUCAUGGCAAUCAAAAUUUACUCACAAUGGACAAUCUCAAAGAGUCUUCAGCAAAGUUCAAGAAAAUAUCCUCAUUUUUAACCUCAUCUAACCACCAAAAGAGGAAAGAUAGUACAUUCCUAUCCCCUGGAGGACCAGACCACAUUUCCCCAAACGUAGAAUCCCCAGGUGGUGAUCGGCAUCCGUCUUUCGACUCUUAUUUUCCUGAUAUAUCACCCAUGAAGAAGAAGAACAAUGAUAACAAUAACAGCAACAAGAUUCCUGCCUUCAAACCAGUGUUAGAUCUAAGUGCUUAUAAUACACCAGAAGGUAUCCAAGAACAAUUUCUUUCCCCACCUUACCAAAUCUUUAGGUAUAAUAACUUUCUCAAAAUCAUGAGUGAAUACCACACAAGCGAUGCAUUAAAUUUUGCCAAAAUUCGUGUACAUUCAUUAUACAAAUUCAUUAUGAGACAAAAGAGAGGCAAGAUCUUGAUUGAAUCAAAUGGGAUGUUUAGUAAUGAAAACUAUACGUCAUUGUCUACUACUGAGGCUGUUCUUGCAUAUAUGCUUUAUUCUAAAGCACGAUCAUUUAUAAGAACACUUGUAUGUCAUAAAUCCGAAAAUCAAAGCUUAUUAAACCAUGAAGAAUUAGUCCAGUGUAAUUUUAUCAACUAUGUACGGUAUUUGAUAAAAUUACCUACUGUUGAAGAAAGUGAUGUGUUGACUGAUGUGGAAAAGAAGCAUUAUGAAUAUAAGGCUAUGUUUGAUACUAUCGCUACCGCGUUAUACAAUUUCAGAAAAGACGAAGAGCUUACAUACAAUGAUGAACCGGAACAAGCAGUGAAGUCCAAAUUAUUAAUAGAAAGCAUUACCAAGUUGUCAUAUGAAUAUAUUCUUUUGGAGAAAUAUAGAUUGGAUAUGGUUACGAAAUUGCACAAGAACCAUUUACUUUCUCAGGGACACUUGGUAAAGUUAUUCAAUCAGUAUAAAGCACAUGUUAGAGGGUACCUGCGAGAAAAUAUAAAAGUGUUUAUCUAUAACUCGACUCAAUCCUUACAAUAUGGAUGGUACCUUGCGGUGACUAUCCCAUUUAUACGAUUUGUUGAAUCACACGUUUAUAAUGAGGAUCCCCAAUUGAUUACUGAUUAUGAUGAAUACAUAAAACAGUUAUUAGAUACAAAUUCUCCAAAACAAGAUUUCAAAAAAUCAGACAUUGAACUAUUUGAAUCGUAUUUUAAGAAACUUGGUCUUGUAUCUUAUCAACAAUUUAAUAGCAUGACGAUGGAUAAAUUGGUGAAACUAAGUAAACAAAUUAAGGAUCAAUCAGUACACCCAUUCACUGGUUUUCGAAAUAAACCAACAUCCUCCCCCUCCUUCUCAUCAUCACAAACACAAUAUUCUACUUCUUCUUUUUCUUCUCCUCCUCCUCCACCACCACCAUCACCUUUUCCCCAGACAUCUAAUUUCAGUACAAAGCCAACCAAUAUAGAAUAUUAUCCCCAUGGAAUGUCCCUGAUCUCCUCAAAUACAUUCGACUUAAUCCAUUCUCGUGAUUUAGCAAUGCAAAUUACCCAAAAUACUUAUCGUACUAUAAUCCGAGAAUUCCAUAGGAUACUUAAGCCGGGUGCAUCGUUCAUAUACGAUGCAAUUCAUAUGGGUUCCAGGUCACCAGAAACCUUAAAAUCAAAGUUUUCUGGUAAAUUAUUCCCCGAAAUUCCAUAUGACGAAAACAACCCUAGUAUAAAUGAUAAGAUAACAUUUGGCAUUAUGCAAAAUUUUCCACAACUAAUGCCACAUUUCCUAGAAACUUUACUUUGUGAACUUGAGGUUGUUUUCGGAAAAGGGAAUGUUAAAUACAGUGUUGUCUUAUUAUCACUGCAUCUUGAUGUAAACAAUUUCUUGAUUAAAUUUGUUGGAUUGAAAUUGUUUGAGUUGGUUGGAGAAACUGAUGAGUAUGUAAGGUUUUUCGAACUGGUUUUCGAUGACGAUGAUCUGAAUAUUAUGUCGAAGGUAGUUCAUAUUAUUGACUUGGAGAGCGGGAACUUGAGGUCCCUUACCAAUGCCAUUAAAAAGGUUGAUAGUGAUUGUACUAUAAGAUUUAUUCACAAUGAACAAGAGUUUAUUGAGCAAGAUCCCUAUAUCACCAAGCUUAUUUUCCCUGGAGUUGGUAAUUAUGGUCAUUUCGUUACCCAAAUUUAUGCGCGUAAUUUGGAUAAACAUAUUAUGAGAUACAUUGCAGCUGAUCGUGCUCUAAUGGGAAUUUGUGUUGGAUUACAGGCAUUUGUGCUGGCAUCUGAAGAAAGUCCUAAUGCAAAGGGAUUAGGCGUAUUAGAUUUAAAGUUGAAGAAAUUUAACACCGAUGAUCCUAUUUACAGGGCAAAAGGAAUUAAGAAAGCUGUGCCACAUAUUGGAUGGAAUAGUAUUGAGAGGAUAACUAUUGGCAAAGACAAAGAAAUUUCACCCAAUGUUUCAUUAUUCAAUUUAAAUUUGCAAAACAAGUACUAUUUUGUUCACUCAUAUGCUGCAAUUAUUGAUGGGGAAAAUGAAAACGAGCUCAACUCGUUAAGGAAACAAGGCUGGAAUUUUGCAUUGGCAAAGUAUGGUUCUGAACAGUUCAUUGCAGCAAUUAACAAGGGUAACCUUUUUGCUACACAAUUUCAUCCUGAAAAAUCAGGUAUUGCAGGGUUGAAAAUUGUAAAAAGCUUUUUAGAUGGUGAGCAGUUUCCUCAGUUGAAUCAAUCUAGUGUUCAAACACAACCAAAAGGUAUAGAGAAAACAAUGAGUAGGUUAACCAGGCGAAUUAUUGCGUGUUUGGAUGUGAGAACAAACGAUGCUGGCGAUUUAGUUGUUACCAAAGGUGAUCAAUAUAAUGUACGGGAAACUUGUACCACUGCCAAUUCGCAAGAAGAUAAUAGCACCGGUCCACAAGUUAGAAACUUGGGUAAGCCGGUAGAAUUAGCUACAAAGUACUAUUUGCAAGGUGCAGAUGAAAUCACCUUUUUGAACAUCACUUCUUUUAGAAACUCGCCUUUAAAGGACUUGCCAAUGUUGCAAGUGCUACAGAAGGCUGCUGAAUCUAUAUUUGUUCCACUUACAGUUGGUGGAGGAAUCAAAGAGAUGCAAGAUCCAGAAACUCACCAAGUAGUUCCUGCUGUUCAAGUUGCUGAUUUGUAUUUCCGUUCCGGGGCAGAUAAGGUGAGUAUUGGUUCUGAUGCAGUACGUAUUGCUGAGGAAUACUACGCUAACAACAAGCAGAAACAAGGCACAUCGGCCAUCGAAACUAUUUCCAAAACUUUUGGAAACCAAGCGGUUGUCAUUUCAGUUGACCCUAAGCGGAAAUAUGUUGCAUCGCCCAAAAGUUGCCCAAUGGCAACGAUAAAAAUCACCAAUGAGUCAAAGUAUGGACCUAAUGGCGAACAAUAUUGCUAUUACCAAGUUACCUCUCAAGGUGGUAGGAAAUUCCAUGAUUUAGGGGCACUAGAACUUUGUUUGGCAUGCGAGGAUUUGGGUGCUGGAGAAAUCUUGCUAAAUUCAAUCGACCACGAUGGAUCCAACUCCGGUUUCAAUUUGGAGCUAUUAAAUCAAAUCAAAUCUCAAGUAUCAAUCCCGGUAAUUGCAAGUUCUGGUGCUGGAAACCCCAAGCAUUUCCAACAAGUAUUUGAGAUGGAAUGUGGAAUCGAUGCGGCUUUAGGUGCUGGAUUGUUUCAUCGUGGCGAAUAUACUGUUAAUCAAGUCAAACGGUUUUUGCAAGAUGAAGCGAAAAUGGACGUGCGAUUGGAUGAUACUGUUGAAGCAAGAGCUUUAGAGAGACUACAAAGAAAGCGAGAUCCUGUAGUUUCUAGCACACAACAAGACCGUGUUUUACUGAAACGACCUGCAUCGCAAAUUCUAGACCCUUCUGCAGGACUUAAGUCAAAGUUUGUCCAGUUUGAACAGGAUGGGUCAGUUAAAAGGUCCAAAACCGCUGAGCAAAUAGAACAUGUCGAGCAGAAUAGAUUAAAAGCGAUAGAGAUUCAAAAUAGGCUACGAAAGGAGAAAGAAGGGAAGCCUGAUACUAAUGCAGUUGUGAGCAUGGACAAUAUUCGACUUAACCAAAAUAAACAAGAUUUUUCGUUUGACAGCAAGAGGAGCAGAUAUCAGCCACCUUCGAUUAACAAGAAAGAUUAUAUUGAGUACGAUUUUGCCACGAUGCAGGACUCUAGAGGUGGAUUUAUCAGUGAUGACACGAAAAUACGGCAUGAUGAAGAAACAUUACAAGAAUGGAAAGAGAAACAAAAAGAGCUUGAACGAAUUAAAAAUGCGCCACCUCCAGCAGAUAUAGAGAAUGUUCCACGAUGUUACGAAUGCAAGUCUGUUGAUAUUGAUUUGAACUUGUAUACGAAUUUUCGAAAAGUACGUGCCUGUAGAGCAUGUAUCAAGAAAAUGCCCGAGAAGUACUCAUUAUUAGUCAAAACCGAAUGUAAAGAAGACUAUCUUUUAACGGAACCGGAAUUGCAAGAUGAGUCAUUAUUGCCGAGGAUAGAAAAACCCAAUCCUCAUGGAUAUAGUAGAAUGCAGUUGUUUUUACGAUUUCAAGUUGAAGAAUUUGCAUGGCGCAAAUGGGGGUCGCCCGAAGGGUUAGAUUUGGAGUGGGAGCGGCGUGAAAAGAACAAAUUGAAGAGGAAGGAGAAAAGGUACCAAGAUGCAUUAAGGGAGAUGAGGAAAAAGACUAGAGCUGAGGAGUAUACGAGGAAAUUGAGAGAUGGUAAAUCGUUAAAUGAGAGACAUGUACAUCACUGGUCUGCCGGUGUCACUAUUGGGGAGAACUUGAUACGGAAAAGGUGUAUCGAUUGUGGUAUUGAGCUGGAGGAUGUGAUAAUCACCGACACUAGCGAGCGAAGCGAGAGAGACUAG